UUCAAGUCGUACUGAGCUUCUGGUAAACUAAGUUGUAUUUAUCCCUAGAGCAUAAUGGCACAAAGCUUCGAUUUUACAGAAGAGGAGAUCAGAAGGAAACUAGAAGAACUCGGAUACACUCAUAUUCCUCGAGAUAAGCUGAAACAAUUUCAAAGAGACUUGAAAGAGCUUAUUGAAUCAGAAAGAUCAACUUCCGAAGAAAGUGGUCUUCUUCGAAGUGGAGAUUCUCCAUCAUCAGUUAAUGAAAGUUACUACACUGACAGUUAUUUAGACAGGAGUAAAGGAACAGAAACCUCUUCAUCUCCAUUUGAUGCUUCAGACAGCAGUACAGAACCACGCCAACUACUUGAUAGGUACAGAUCCCCUUUGGAAGACUCAGUUUUCCCCCGACCAAAAUCAGCUCCAAGUUUGGCCAAGACAAAAAUAAAUCAUCAACCGUAUGGCAAGGAAAACGUUCAUUACCAUCCAGUAAAGCCACCAACCAGAGGAGAAUCCACCACCACUGUUGAGAGCUCACCUCAAGAACAAUCCAGAACCAGCAGUAGAAAUAUUAAGAGAAAAGUUUUGAGACGAAAAGAUGGUGAACCUAGAGUAUUUGAUGAAUCUUUUACCACAAAUGAGUCUGUCACAGAUAUAUCCGAUUUAGAACAGAGAUUACGAGAUCUUCCCUUGAACAGUGGUGAUGUAGAUGAUGCAGAUGUUAUCAGUACUGAUAGUGAAGUAGGACCAAAUAACUUCAGACCAUGGGAAAAUUAUGCUGAAAGAGGAUUGCCGUCUUUUAUCAGGCCAUCCUCUCGUCACCCUCACACACGACAAUUAAAGAAGUCAGAUCCUGUCUCAAGAUAUCACCAAUUUAAGUAUGAAUGGCAGGCAAACAAAGCUCCAGGAGAGAAGAGCCACAAGAAUCUGCGAUGGAAUGUCAGGGGCAAGAUGUUGCAAUGUGAUGUGUUUGAGAAACCACAACGCAAUUUCGUUCCCAAUAACUAUGUUGUACCAACAGAGAAGAAGAGACAAGCUUUACGAUGGGAAGUCAGAUCUAGUCUUGCCAGAGUGUGAUGUGAUCUGAUGCAUUCUAUACAUUCUUUAAAUUUUUCAAGAAAUAACACAGCCAAUUACUGAAUGAUUGGACUAAUAAAUAAUUUUUGGCUCUCAUUAAUGUAUAAAAGGUUAUUCACUAGCAGAUUUACACAUACAUUUUUUCCAC